AUCAACAACCCCUAUUAGGCUGAUAAGGGAAGAAAAUUGCAUUUAUAUUUUAGACAAUAUUUUCAUUGUAAAAGUCAAAUAUGUCAAUUAAAUUACUCCGAUAAAUAUAAAUAAAUAAAACUGUUCAAUAUGGAGAAAUAUUUCAAUUUUAUUCUGAGCAUUUUAGUAAUGCUACCAGCAAUGAAAAAUCAAGAUGUGUUUGCAAGUAAUGUUGUGUUUGGAAUGAAUGGUUUUCAGCAAUCUUCAGGAAUUUGUCAUUUAUACAAUGGUACCAUUUGUCAAGAUGUUUUAAGAAACGUCCACGUUUUUAUAUCGCCGAAUCUCACCAUGAAUGUCAUAGAGGAACGACUGAAAGCCGCUUAUGGUGUAAUCAAAGAAUCAAAGGAUAUGAAUUCGAAUUGUCGAAUGUAUGCCUUACCCAGUCUAUGCUUCAGUUCGCUACCAAUUUGUCGAACUCCUGAACGAACAAAUCUAUUGUACUUUGCAAAUGUCGCAACGAAUGCCAAGCGUAUGAAAUUUCAAAAUACAACGACACGAAAUAAGAGGACUAAAACUAGAGAUAUUAAAAACAUAAAUAUGUUUUUAAAAAAAAAGUCCACUGUUUAUGAGGAUGUGUUCAGAAACGAUAUUUCGAGUAACUACCCACCAACUAGAGAAUCUGAAAAUGUAAAACGCAUUUGUCGGGAAGAAUGCGAACUUUUAGAAAAUGAACUUUGCCAAAAGGAGUAUGCCAUUGCCAAGAGACAUCCCGUCAUUGGUGUGGUUGGAGUAGAAGAUUGCCAAAAGUUACCACCACAUAAAGACUGUUUGUCUUUGGGAAUAACUAUUGACGUAGAUGAAAAUGAGAAAUGCUACUGGGAGAACGGUUCAAGCUAUAGAGGGAUACAAAAUUCAUCAGUAUCUGGAAAAUCUUGUUUAAGAUGGUCUUGGUUAAUGAAAGAAAUAUCCGACUUUCCCGAACUUAUUGGUCAAAAUUAUUGCAGGAAUCCCGGAAAUGUUGAAAGUAGCCCUUGGUGUUUUGUGGAUUCUUCGAGUGAACGAUUUAUUGAACUUUGUGAUAUUCCCAAAUGUGCUGAAAAGAUUUGGAUAACCAUUGCUUGGACGACCGGAGCAACCAUCAUUGUUUUCAUAAUAUUUUUGUCCAUAUUACUUUUUCAAAGGAGAAAUUUUAUGCACUAUGGGAUGAGCAAUAUUCAAAACAUAAAUACACCUAGUGCUGAUAAAAAUAUAUAUGGAAAUGCACAGUUUAGCUCUAACCAAGAUGUGGGAAGAAUUCAUCUAGGCAAUAUUUCGGAUAAUAUUUCCAUAGGACCUAAGACCUCGGAACGAAACACUAUGUUGAGAAUAUCACAUUUCACAUUGCAAGACGUUGAGUUCUUAGAAGAGCUGGGCGAAGGAGCUUUUGGUAAAGUAUAUAAAGGACAACUGAAACAAUAUAAUAAAACCGUCACAGUUGCUAUCAAGGCCCUGAAAGAAAACGCUUCAUUGAAAACGCAACAAGAUUUUAAGCGUGAAAUUGAACUAAUAUCGGACCUAAAGCACCAAAAUAUUGUCUGUAUAUUGGGUGUAGUUUUGAAUAAAGAGCCUUACUGUAUGCUCUUCGAGUAUAUGGCUAAUGGUGAUGUGCACGAGUUUUUAAUUUCGAACUCACCAAGUGAAGGUAAAUCACUUACACAGCUGGAAUUUCUACAAAUUGCAUUGCAAAUCAGCGAAGGAAUGCAAUAUUUAUCAGCUCAUCAUUACGUUCAUCGGGAUCUGGCUGCUCGUAACUGUUUGGUCAAUGAGGGAUUGAUCGUCAAAAUUUCUGAUUUCGGAUUGUCCAGAGAUAUUUACAGCUCAGAUUAUUACCGGGUCCAGUCAAAGUCGUUAUUACCUGUACGCUGGAUGCCAUCAGAGUCUAUUUUAUAUGGAAAAUUUACAACAGAAAGUGAUGUGUGGUCAUUUGGAGUACUGCUUUGGGAAAUAUACAGCUAUGGAAUGCAGCCAUAUUACGGCUAUAGUAACCAAGAAGUAAUCAGCUUAAUUCGGUCAAGACAGUUACUUUCCUCUCCAGAAAACUGUCCAGCAGCAGUUUAUUCUCUUAUGAUAGAAUGCUGGAAUGAGCAAUCAGUAAAACGUCCUACAUUCACAGACAUUUCGAACCGUUUAAAAACGUGGCAUGAUGGGCAUAUUAAUGAAAAUAACUAAGUAAACAAUGAUAGUUGUAUGUUCGCUAUGAUAUUACAUUUUCUACAAAUCUCAGUUAAUAUACGUUUAAGUUUUCAAUGAAAUAAAAAACUUAGUCAUGUGAUUACUGGGUGUUGGGCACA